AUGUCAGGGUUCCAUUACCGCCCCGAGGUAUUGGAGGAUAUGCCAGAGCCGCUCGUGAAAGACCUCAAGAAAUAUGACGACAUGUUCACUCUGGACCGGGAAAGACUGAGGAAAAUCACAGAUCAUUUCGUCCAAGAGCUGGAAAAAGGCCUUUCGAAGGAGGGCGGCAGCAUUCCGAUGGACAUCACCUGGGUCAUGAAGUAUCCCAGCGGGCACGAGAAAGGAAGAUUCCUGACUGUCGACAUGGGCGGAACCAACUUGCGGGUGUGCGAAGUUGAGCUCUCUACAGGGAAACGGGAUUUCGAGCAGACCCAGCGGAAAUCCAAACUCCCCGAGGCAGUGAAGAGAGGGACGGCCGAGCAGCUGUGGGAUUUUAUUGCGGAGAAGGUCGAAUCGUUUCUCCAGGAAGGGCACCGCAAUUGGGAAGAAGGCUCCUACGUAUUCCCCCCUGGCCUUUACGUUCUCGUUUCCCGUGGCGCAACGAUCUAUCAGGAGCGGGAUUCUGCAGCGCUGGACCAAGAAUUUCAAAGUAAACUCCCCGUGAAGGUAGUGGCCCUUGUCAAUGACACAACCGGCACACUCAUCGCCUCGCACUACCGAGACCCACAGGUCAAGAUCGGAGGCAUUUUCAGUACCGGGGUCAAUGCGGCAUAUAUGGAGGAUGUUAGGGAUGUGCCAAAGCUAAGGGAUUCCCGGCUACCGGAGGACGCAACCGUGGUCAUCAACACGGAGUAUGGCGCCUUUGAUAACGAGCGCCAGGUAUUACCGCUAACCCCACUCGACCACCAACUCGACCAGAAAUCUAUUCGGCCGGGGACGCAAAUCUACGAAAAGAUGAUCUCUGGGCUUUACAUUGGCGAGAUGCUACGGCUGAUUCUCGUGACCUUGCACGAGGAAGGGAAGCUCUUCCGAGGGCUGGAUAUUACACGUCUCCAAGAAGAGAAUGCGCUCGAAGCCUCAUUCUUAUCUGCUGCCGAGCUAGAUUUCUCGGAAGGGCUCCAAGACAUGAGGAUGGAAUUCGAAGAGUGUCUCAGUCUCUCCCCGGGAGUUCCCAGAUCUGAAAAUCUUCGCGCUGCCCGUUUAUAUGCCUGCGGAAUUGCCGCCAUUUGCAAGAAGAAAAGCUUCAAUCGUUGCCAUGUCGGCGUAGAUGGGUCUGUUUUCAAUAAAUACAGCGCCUUCAAGAGCCGAGCAGCCCAGGCAUUGCGAGAGAUCUUCGACUGGCCGCCGGGGGAAGUAGAUCUGAUCGUGCUGAAUGCCUCGGAGGAUGGAUCCGGGCUUGGGGCGGCAUUGGCUGCCGCUCUGGUGUUGGAGGGCGAGCAGGAAGCGAAGCCUGUCUAG